AUGCGAUUGACCGUCGAACUGAUCCAAAAUUCCCUCUCGUACAUCAACCCGCUCAAGGACCGCGAGCUAGAUCUCCGAGGGCACAAGAUCCCCGCGAUUGAGAACUUGGGUAUUGCCAAGGACCAAGAUGCAAUCGACCUGACGGACAACGACAUCACCACGCUGGGCAACUUCCCCUUCUUCCCGCGGCUGCACACCCUCCUCCUGGCGCGGAACCGCAUCAAGCAGAUCCAAUCGACGCUGGCGGCGUCGGUGCCGAACCUGACGGCCGUGAACCUGACGGCGAACGCGGUCGCGGAGCUGGCGGAUCUGGAUCCGUUGCGCGGGUUGACCGGGUUGACGCAUUUGGUGGUGUUGGAGAAUCCGGUCACGAGGAAGGAGCACUACCGCCACUACCUCAUCUGGCGCAUCCCCAGCCUGCGGUUCCUGGACUACCAGAAGGUGAAGGACGCGGAGCGCGAGAAGGCGACGGAGCUGUUCGGCACGGCCGAGGAGCCUUCGGCGCUGGCCUCGAAGAUCAUGGGCGUUAAGUCGCGGACCUUCGACGUGCCGGCCACGGCGCAGCAGAUCGGGGCCGCCGCCGGCGCCGGGGACCGCGCGGUGCGGGUGAAGUUGACGGACCGGGAGCGCAAGCGCGUCGAGAAGCUGAUCCGCGAGGCCAAGAGUCUGCAGGAGAUCACGCGCUUGGAGCGCGAGCUGAAUGAGGGGCGGAUACCGGGUGGUGCGGUGGAUUAUGCGGAUAGUGGGGAUGAGAUGGAGACUUAG